AUUUCUAUGCUUUCAUAUCUUAUCCUUAUCUGUACACAGUUUGUCAUCUACCCUUUACAUGCUUUCAAUAAAUUUGAUUUUCCUCCCUUAUAUACUCAACCAAUAAAGAAACUUGGGAGUUCUAAAUUUUCAAUAAAAUUUGAUUUCCUCCCUGCAUAUUGCAACUUUUGAGGCUAUUCUUCUUGUAUCUGGUAAAUGGGGCAGGCUUUGUGUUGUUUACAAGUAGAUCAGUCAAAAGUAGCAAUCAAAGAAACUUUUGGUAAGUUUGACGAUGUUCUUCAGCCUGGAUUCCACUGCUUGCCGUGGAUUUUUGGCCAACAGGUAGCCGGAUAUCUGUCACUACGUGUUCAGCAGCUUGAUGUUCGUUGUGAAACAAAGUCUAAGGACAAUGUCUUUGUGACUGUUGUUGCUUCUAUCCAAUAUCGAGCCCUUGCUGAGAAGGCGUCUGAUGCUUUUUACAAGCUUAGUAACACAAAGGAGCAAAUUCAGUCAUACGUUUUUGAUGUAAUCAGGGCUAGUGUCCCAAAGCUGAACUUAGAUGAUGUCUUUGAGCAGAAGAAUGAUAUUGCAAAAGCUGUCGAGCAAGAACUUGAAAAGGCCAUGUCAACAUAUGGAUAUGAGAUUGUCCAAACACUUAUUGUGGAUAUUGAGCCGGAUGAUCAUGUUAAGCGGGCGAUGAAUGAGAUCAAUGCAGCUGCUAGAAUGAGAGUAGCGGCAAAUGAAAAGGCUGAAGCAGAGAAAAUCCUACAAAUCAAGCGAGCAGAAGGAGACGCAGAAUCCAAGUACUUAGCAGGUCUGGGCAUAGCUCGCCAACGACAAGCCAUCGUCGACGGCUUGAGAGAUAGUGUCCUCGCCUUCUCCGCUAAUGUCCCUGGAACCACAGCGAAAGACGUGAUGGACAUGGUUUUAGUUACACAGUACUUUGAUACCAUGAAAGAGAUUGGAGCAUCGUCGAAGUCAUCUUCGGUUUUCAUCCCUCACGGUCCUGGGGCUGUUAAGGACAUUGCUUCCCAGAUCAGAGAAGGUCUUCUUCAGGCUAACUCCACUCUUCUGUGAUUUGAAUCUGUGGAAAAGUUGAGUUUCCUUAAUGUGCUGAUCAAGUGGUAUAUAAAUGUGUGUAAAUGAAGGAUACAGGGUAAUGGGUUGUUGAUAUUGUGAAUGAGCAUACAGUAAAUAGGUUCCCGCUAAGGUUUUACAUAUGGUAUUAUUUAUAUGGCUAAUAAGGAGAUCAAGUGUUUGGUGUUAUUUAUUUUGAGUGAUAUCCUAACAGCGGUUAAGUUGUUUACUUCAAUGAGUUGUGGAUGCAUCCCAUAUGCUGCAGGGCCCCUGAUGUCUCAAUGGGGAUAUUUCUUUGUUA